CCCGGAAGGGAGCGAGGCUCGGGCCGCCCCGCUGCCCGGCUUGGAGACGUCGGCUGGCCCGUCCCCCUGGGCCCGGGUGUCCUCAUGAUCGUACAGCCCCACGCGGGGUUCAGCACGCUGCAGUGCAUGAAACGUGGCCACAUGGGUCCUCUCAUUUGGUCCUCACGGCAGCUCUUGCAGGAGGCCAGGGAAUAGACUAUUGUCCCAUUUUACAGACACAGAAAACUGAGGCUCAGAGUGGGGAGGAGAUUUGCCCAGGGACGCCCCGAGAUGUGGCGGUGGAACUCGGAUCUUACUCCUCCAAAUCUAGCGCCCUUUCCACUGGCCCACUCUGCCUCAUCUGUCAAAGGAAGGGGCUGAGUUAGGCGAGUGACCGACAGUUCUUUUUCUUUUCUUUCUUUUUUUCUUUUUUUUGAGAUCAGUGUCUUUCUGUACCAUCCAGGUCAGAGCUGACGUAUUCAGAAGCCAAGUCAUGGAUCCACCCGCACGUAAAGAAAAAUCCAAAGUUAAAGAACCUGUCAGCAGAGUUGAGAAGGCCAAGCAGAAAUCAGCCCAGCAGGAGCUGAAGCAAAGACAACGAGCAGAGAUCUAUGCCCUCAACAGAGUCAUGACGGAACUGGAGCAGCAGCAGUUCGAUGAGUUCUGUAAACAGAUGCAGCCUCCCGGAGAGUGAGCCACCCCUGUGGCCAAAUGAGACGGGACCCUGGAGGCUUUGUGAGCUUGUUACCAGUUUUAAGCUGAGGUGGCCCAUUUGGAGCCUUACAGAACUAGACAGGAAGACAUUUGUGUUAUUCCUAAAACUGGAUAAAUCUGAACUCCCUACAUGUAACUUCUGCUUCACUGGUGUCUCCAAUCUGAAUUGGCCCAGUGCUUGCUGAAGAGACUUGUUUUAUUCUUCUAAGACAAUAGACCUUUUUUUUUUUUUCACCUUUUUCUAUUGUUUGAGAAAAAUCAGUCUUUCUUGUGAAACUGUAAAUCUUCUCCAAAAACACAAAUAAAAUACUAAUAAAAUGUU